CAGCCUCUACAAAUAUUGCCCUGCCAUUGCACUAGACUUCAGUUUCUCAUAAGCCUCCCUUUAACGUCUAUCAUGCCUCAACGCAAGAACCCAUCAAUGUCUCUAACCCAUGUUCCCAUAUGUUCAGGCACCACCACAGCCAUGCCUAGGUCCAGUCAGAACGAGCUAUUCAUCGACCCACGGCUCGUGACUACACCAGACCUGGUCACUCCCAUCAUACCUAGUGCUGGUCCUCCCCUGGCCAAUGACCCAAGUUUUCAAUCAACAUGGCCUCACCGGGCUUGGGUGACAAGUGGGUGCAUCACACUGUUGAUUUCCCUAGCCAAGGCGAUAGUGGGUGCAGCCGAUUCACAUAUGUGGCUCGAAACUAUACUAGCAGGUUAUGUUGGGUACAUUUUAGCUGACCUUUUGAGCGGGAUAUACCAUUGGGUUAUUGACAAUUAUGGUGAUGCAUCAACUCCAAUUUUUGGUUCACAAAUUGCAGAUUUCCAGGGGCACCAUAAACAGCCCUGGAAUUUCACCAGGCAUCAGUUUGCUAAAAAUUUACAUGUACCGGCUCGUAGCGUAACUCUCUACAUGCUUCCUAUAGAUAUAUUUUGUAAUGAACCUGUUAUUCAAGGCUUUGUCAGCAUCUGUGCCGGUUGCAUCAUGUUCAGCCAACAAUUUCAUACUUGGUCUCAUACCACCAAGAGCAAGCUCCCUCCAUUGGUGGUGGCGCUACAAGAUGCCGGUGUCCUUUUGUCGCGGUCGCAACAUUCUGCACACCAUAGGCCACCGUAUAACAGUAACUAUUGCAUCGUCAGUGGAGUUUGGAAUAAACUUUUGGACAAAUACAAGGUUUUUGAGGCAUUGGAGAAGUUUAUAUUUUUCAAGCUCGGGGUAAGACCCAGGUCUUGGAGUGACCCUGGUGCUGAAUGGUAAUGAUCACAAUUAAAUCAUUAAUUUAUGGUAAUGAUCACAAUUAAUGUCAGUGGGUGCAAUGUACUGGACAUAAAUUAAUGGCCCGUCUCCUAUUGAAAAAAUAUAUUGAAUGGUAAUGAUCACAAUUAAGUAUCAUCUAAUAAGAAUUACAAGCAAACAUUGAAAUGACACAUUCCAUUGAUUUAUUUAUUAGACAAUCAUGGGCUUCUGCUGGAACAGCAUUACAUCGUUAGCAGAAAAGACUUUUGAAACCAACAUUUUGCAAGUAGAGGUACCAAAAACAUGUAUCACUUU